UUGGGUGUGACUACGGGGAGAGCAGCUGCCCUAGUUGCUUAGGAGCAGGGGAGCAACGCUGCUGGCUUCCUGUUCAGGCAUGAUCGCAUAGCCACACUUCCUGCUCUGCCCUCCUUCCUGUGGACUCUGCCUCCUCACUGCAGAGAUGCCCUGGCAAGUCCAGGGUCCUGGAGCCAGGAAGAAAAAAAAACAUGGAUGCCAGGGAGCUUGCCCUAGCUUCCCUGAUACAUGACACCAGUGGCCCUGGGGAGCCGCCUGUGGGGCCGCCUGUGGGGCGCCGGGGCUGGCGGCGGAGGAGGACAAAGAACUGGUCCUGCUCGCUCAUCGUGGCCGCUCUCGUGGGAGCCUUCGGGUCCUCCUUCCUCUAUGGGUACAACCUCUCCGUGGUGAACGCGCCCACGCCGUAUAUCAAGGCCUUUUACAAUGAAACCUGGUACAGAAGGCAUGGACAGCCCAUAGAUCCGGAUACCCUGACCCUGCUCUGGUCUGUAACUGUGUCCAUAUUCGCGAUUGGUGGCCUGGUGGGAACACUGAUGGUGAAGAUGAUUGGAAAGUUUCUUGGAAGGAAGUACACACUGCUGGUCAACAACGGAUUUGCCAUUUCUGCAGCAUUGCUGAUGGCGUGCUCACUCCAGGCAGGAACCUUUGAGAUGCUCAUUGUGGGACGCUUCAUCAUGGGCGUGGAUGGAGGCAUCGCGCUCAGUGCGCUCCCCAUGUACCUCAAUGAGAUCUCACCCAAGGAGAUCCGAGGCUCUCUGGGCCAGGUGACUGCCAUCUUCAUCUGCAUUGGCGUGUUUUCUGGACAGUUGCUGGGCCUGCCUGAGCUGCUGGGAAAGGAGAGCACCUGGCCAUACCUGUUCGGAGUGAUCAUUGUCCCUGCCUUGGUCCAGCUGGCAAGCCUGCCAUUUCUCCCUGAGAGUCCACGCUACCUCCUCUUUGAAAAGCACGACGAGGCAGGAGCCACAAAAGCCUUCCAAACAUUCCUGGGGAAAGCAGAUGUCUCCCAAGAGCUGGAGGAGGCCCUGGCUGAGAGCCGUGUGCAAAGGAACCUUCGCCUGGUGUCCGUGUUUGAGCUUCUGAGGGCACCCUUUGUCCGAUGGCAGGUCAUCACUGUCGUUAUCACCAUGGCCAGCUACCAACUAUGUGGACUCAACGCGAUCUGGUUCUACACCAACAGCAUCUUUGGGAAAGCUGGGGUUCCUCAGGACAAGAUCCCAUACAUCACCCUGAGCACUGGAGGAAUUGAGACGCUAGCUGCUAUCUUCUCUGGCUUGGUCAUUGAGCGCUUAGGAAGGAGACCUCUCCUCAUUGGUGGCUUUGGGCUGAUGGCCCUCUUCUUUGGGACGCUCACCGUGACACUGACCCUGCAGGACCAAGCUCCCUGGAUCCCUUACCUAAGCAUUGUGUGCAUCUUGGCCAUCAUUGCCUCGUUCUGCAGCGGUCCAGGUGGGAUCCCAUUCAUCCUGACCGGAGAGUUCUUCCAACAGUCAGAGCGGCCAGCAGCCUUCAUUAUCGCAGGCACAGUCAACUGGCUCUCCAACUUCGUUGUAGGGCUCCUUUUCCCCUUCAUCCAGAAAAGCCUGGAGUCCUACUGCUUCCUCGUCUUUGCCACAAUAUGUAUAGCGGGCGCUAUCUACUUCUAUUUUGUCCUCCCAGAGACCAAGAACAGAACCCACGCAGAAAUCAGCCAGGCAUUCGCCAAGAGGAACAAGGCUCACCCCCCAGAGGUGAAGGCUGACUCAGCCAUGGCAGAGGAGAAGGCCAACAGCCAGCCUGAGACAGAUCCAUCGUCUACGCUGGACAGCUAUGGCCAAAACAGAAUUGUUUAAAUGUGUGUUCUCACUACAGUAACCACAGACUUUCCCAAAGCUUAUAAGGUUUCAGGUGACCAAAGCCAUCUGAGACUCUUGGGAGUUAGGAAGAAACCUGUGGGAAUCAAACCUCACAGCUGCACGUCCAAACUCCCGUGGAAGCAUUCCCAUGGUUUGCUACACUCAGUGUACUAUACAGACCAAGGGCUGCCUUCCUCGUGAUUGAACCCGUAGCUCUGAAAUUUAAAGUUGGAAGAAAGGUUGCCUUGACCAGGUUGCCUUCUCAUAGGAAAGCCAUCUGGUCUGAUGGACACUCAUUGUACUGGAAAUGGCAGCCUGGGGCAUGGCUCAGCUGUGCUGUUGCUAAGCAACCCUGACCUGCCCUCAGCCUCCAGUCUCCGGGUCCCCAGACCUUGGAAGGUUUUCCUACUUGCAUAGGAAGGAAGAUUCUUUGUCCCAGUAACAAAUGCCUGUUGUUAAUCUUUGGCUGUGCCCCAUGGACCUGAAGCUUGGGGACACUUCUUACCAACCCACCAGGCUGCUGAUCCUACCAAGGCAGGCUCUGUCCCCAGCGCUCAAGGCUGCCAGGUCUGAGGCUGUGUUUAGUUCAGACUGUUACAGAGAGCACACAGGGGACCAACAAGUAAUAUGGAAAAGAACUUUGUGGUGCCUAGGGGACAGAGACUACACGGUGGGCUCUGAACACUAAGAAUGACUCUGAGACUAGACCUAGAUUUGAUGGGAAAGAACACUGGGAUUGAUUGACGAUGUCUGUCCUGGAUGUAGGAAUGACAGCUUCAGUUCCUGAGCCUUGUGUUUGCAAUGGGAAGGAGAUUCAUCUUCAGAGGUAACGAACUGCCAGAAAGACGCUCAACAUCACUCCUAUUGCUCUGGUGAAGGCUGGGGCACUGGGGAAUCACUGUCUCAGUGGUUAUUCAGGAAGUCAAAGCGGCAGUUCUAGGUGUUGGAGUGGGUGUCUGGUUGGGCAACUUGCAUCUUGCCAUGCUGAAUCCCUUCCUCCGCCUUCAAAACAAAGUACAUAUGACAAAUGCCAUAAGCAAAUGGCAGGUGUGUCAACUGGCUUGGUGUGUUUAAGUCUCCAGACCAGGAAACACUGCUGUUUUCCUGACCGUUCUGGAUGAGGUUGGCCUUAACCAAAACCCGUGUUCUGACUUUUCCCUCCCGGUUAAACACUCUUCAUCUGGGGCCUCUUCCUUGGUGCAAUCCCUGUUCAGGGAACCAUACCAUCCAGCACUGGUUUGACCAGUGUGUGUCAGUAUAGAGAGAUUGCAACGUAUAGAUUUGACAAGGGCCUGUCCCAAAAUGACUGAUGUGAAUUGUAAAACAGAAAUCAUAACAUGGCAUUCACUUGGAGAUUUAAGUAUUCUGUCAAUAAAUAUUUAUUAGCCAAUCA